AUGUCAACUGUUUUUCAGGUUACUGUUUAUGUUGCGCCUAGAGAUGUUUCUAGAUUUCUGGAAGCAGCAGAGCCAACUAUCGAGAAAAUGAAGAAAGAGUCUCACCUUUUGUACUUCGAAAUGUAUCAGGUCCAUGACUCACCAGGUACCAUUACCUGGAUCGAAAAAUGGUCUGAGCCUCUAGACUGGAUCAUGAAGCAUCAAAUGACUAAGGACUAUUAUAAUGAUUAUUUCGAUGCAACGGAGCCUCUCUAUGUUGCGCCGAGGGAACUCAAGAUUCUUAGCUCACUGGGCCCUCGGUAUACAUACCAAAAAUAG